AUGUUCGAGCCUCUCAACUACACUAUCAAACUAUGGACAGAUGACGAUAUCGCCACACUGGUCAAGACCAAGUACUCGUGGCUACAGUCGACCUUCGAGGGCUACCCGCAAAACAUCCAACGCGCGGACAUUGCAAGGCUUCUCGUCGUCCACGCUGAGGGAGGCAUCUACGCAGACCUCGAUGUCUACCCGACGUCGAGCGAGCAAAUACACUGUCUGCAGCAGCGCGGACUCCAAGCCAUAUUCGCGCCCACAGGUGGCACGGCAGGGCUGAGCAACCACUUCUUCAUGGCCUCACGCGGGUCCGCCUUCCUGCAGUGGGCGCUCUACGAGGCCAAACGACGCGGCGGGGCGUCCUCGCGGCGCAUCUUCCUACCGUACCUCCAGGUUUUCUGGUCCACGGGCCCCUUGAUGCUGACUGCGGCCUUUCGCAAGUACGCCUGGUUGUACGGUACGCUACGCCACGACCUGGGGCUGUUGGAUGAGAGAUAUGUGCGUGUUGCGGUGCAACACGCUGCUGGGCGAUCGUGGCACGGGUCGGACGGCCACGCCCUCAACUACAUUGCAGAUCAUUUUCGGGCAGAUCUGCUCAUCAUGGGCGCCGCAUUUAUGGUUACGUUGCUGGGCCUGCUGUACGUGGUGAGGAGGCAUUGCGCCAGGGGCGCGGCGAUAACCGCCUACUACCGGUCAUUACGUGGGACGAGCAUCAGCAAAGACGUAUAUUGA